AAGAACAUUCGCUAGCUAUUUUUUUUAAAAAAAUGAUUUUGCAUAUAAGAUUUCUCUAAACGUUCAAGAUGAUUAGAAAACUUCUGAUUGUCCAGCUUUUAUCAUUUGUAACUUUGGGAGAAAAAAGGACAUCGUUUCUCAGCUUUCUGAAUAAAGAGAAGAUUGAAACACUCUUUUUCUCCAAGACGGAAGAAACGGUCAUCGUGAGGUCAAAUUACAAGGAUGAACCGCCAAACUCUAGCUAUCUCUCUGUGCGAUUAGGAGAUUCUAAAAUACUGCACGUGGUAAACGUGACCAAGACCGUAUUGGAUGAUACAAAUUUUACCAUCAAUUUGGUGACAGAAGAAGAUGGAGAGACAAAUUUGACCAUUCAGCUGUGGGAUUCUGAAGGUAGGCAAAAAAGACUAAUUGAAGAAAUAAAGAAUGUCAAAGUUAAAGUACGCAAACCAAGAAAGGACAGUCUUUUCCAGGCAUCGAUGCUUAUUGACAGAAGUCUCCUGAUGCUUAUCCUACCAGUGAUACUGUUAAAUAAAUGUGCAUUUGGCUGCAAGAUUGAUUUGCAGAUGUUUCACAUGCUGUGGAAGAGACCCUUGCCAAUUCUUCUGGGAGCAGUUACACAGUUUGUUCUCAUGCCGUUUUGUGGAUUUCUUCUGACUCAGAUUUUGGCAUUGCCCGAAGCACAGGCUUUUGGAUUUGUUGUGACUUGCACAAGCCCAGGAGGAGGAGGAGGGUAUCUGUUCGCUCUGCUUCUAGAAGGAGAUGUCACUUUGGCCAUUUUGAUGACUUGCACCUCCACGCUCUUGGCCCUGAUAACGAUGCCUGUCAAUUCUUUCCUAUACAGUCGGUUGUUAGGCUUGUCCGGAACAUUUUAUAUUCCGGUUUCUAAAAUCAUGUCAGCGCUCCUUUUCAUCCUUAUACCUGUGUUGAUUGGAGUAGUUCUCAAGCGUAGAGCACCAGAAAAAGCCAAGUUCCUGGAGAAAAUAAUCCGACCUCUGAGCUUUGUUUUAAUGUCUGUCGGGAUUUAUUUGUCUUUCAGAAUGGGUUUAAUGAUUGCACAGACGGUUAACUUGGAGGCGCUUUUAUUGGGAGCCUUGGUUCCUGGUUUGGGUUUAUUAUUUGGGUUCUCCCUAGCUAAAGCUUCUCUGCUGCCUCUCCCGCUUUGUAAAAGCGUUGCUAUUGAGUGUGGACUACUAAAUAGUUUCCUAGCCCUGGCCAUCAUUCAGCUCUCCUUCUCACAGUCUACGGCUAAUUCAGCCUCUGCCGCUCCUUUUAUCGUGGCCAUGUGCUCCGGGUGUGAAAUGUUACUGAUCCUUCUGGUAUAUAAGGCUAAGGAAAAAUUUGCUUUUCUCAAAGAAUAUAAAACAACCGUGUCUGCAAUCUAACAACCGAAGUAUUCCUGAAUCCCUACUUUGGCAAGGGAUUGUAAAAGAUUCAAAGAAUCUCAAAAUUGCUGUCUGGUUUUGAGGCCCUGAUAAUCUUACUGAAAGUUUGAUGUAAGGAAAUAUAAGUGUGCAUGUAUACAGUUCGAUGUGUGUUAUAUACCUAAUGAAUAGGACAGAUAAAUAUAGGAGUUCAAAGGAAGACUACCUUUUAAUGUUGGCUUGGUUUCAUAGAGUUGGAUUUGAAUAUAGUACUCGUGGUCUCAGAAAAAUGAAAAGACAGCUAUAGUGAUAGCACUGUAGCACUGUCCUCCCGUUGUUCAUUGAUUUGCUCCAGCGGGCACCAUUGUGAGACUUGUUACUGUGUUUGGCAUAUCAAAUACAUCACGGGGAGCUUCCCAGGUUCUGCUGUGUGGGCGGGAUGCUCUCGGUAGCUUGCUGGGCUCUCCGAGAGGGGCAGAGGAAUCAAACCCGGGUCCGCCUCAUGCAAGGUAAACGCCCUAUCUGCUGUGCUAUCACUCCAGCCCACAAUAGUAAUAAUGAUAUAUUAAUAACCAAAUUCAUAGCUUGAUUUAUAUAACUUAUAGGUAUGACAGGCAUUUAAUAAAUGCUUGUGCAUAUAAAUGAAUACGUAAAUUCCUAUUUGGAUCCCUCGCUAUGUUAUCAGAAUCAAAAAUAGCAUAAAUAUGGCAUCUUAUGAUCUUACCUGGGCUUGUCUUUCUCUUUUCCCAUUGAAAACAUGACUGCUGGCUCUAGAAUCCAAAGUCACCACUCCCCUCUCUUCUUUCUUCCCUCCUCUUCCUUGUAUAUAAAACCCAUUUUUUACAGAAACUGUCCUGCAAAGUCUUCUUAUCAGUCUCCUCUCCAUUCCAGGUAUCACCACUUUUGUUCUCUCUAUUGAUUCUUCCCCAUUCUUUUCUAGAAACUGGCUUUUGAUCCCGCCAUCACACGAACUUCAAUCACAGUAAGGUUAAUUUCCCUGAAAUAUAAUUUUAUUUUUUUGUUUUUUAGUUGGUUUUUGUUUGAUUUUAUUUUAGUUUUUUGCUUUUUGGGUCACACCUGGCGAUGCUCAGGGGUUACUCCUAGUUUUUCACUCAGGAAUAACUCCUGGUAGUGCUUGGGGGACCCUAUGGGAUGCUGGGAAUCAAACCCCGGUCAGCCGCAUGCAAGGCAAAUGCCUUACCCACUGUGUUAUCAGUCCAGCCCCUGAAACAUAAUUUUAUCAGGUACUUUCCUUGCUAUGUUUUCUCCCCCUUUUAAAUAAAGCAUCUUCCUAUUGGUGAUAGUACAUGAAACUACCAAUAUAGCAUUCCAGUUUUAUCUCUUACUUCUUUGCAUAUAGCCUUAACUGCAGUCAAACAGGAUCCCAGGAUAUCUCAUGAAGAUCCCUUUUUUUCCUGCAAACUAAGGGACUCUACAUUUUGACAACUCUGGGACUGGAAAUGUGGCACAAUAGAGCAUGUACCUUGCAUGUGAUCUUUUAGCUUUGAUCUCUGACACUGCUUGACUGUCCCUCCCCCUCAGCACCAACAGGUGUCACCCUGUUGACCCCCAAGUACUGCAGGGUAUC